AUGUGGGGUGAUCAAAGGGUUAACAGUGUGCUGUUUCACUAUGUUGGCUGUGUAUGUGUGCUUCACUGUAAGCACACUGAUUUGCAUGGUUCUGCUAUUGAGAGCCAUACAAAGCAGUGUGCAGGAGCUGACAGGGGAGAUAUCUGUGUUGUUUAUACACAGGUCUCUUCCCUGUUGGAGAUACUUGGCGAUCAACAGGUGCUGGCGAGAAAUCACCGGCUUGAACCUGUUGAUUGAGAGUGGAGGCUGCGAAUGCCCCUACCCGGAACUGCAAAAAUCACGUUUAUAUGUAAUUUUGCGCACCCGUGCCUCCCUGUAGCAGUAUUUCUGCUAUA